GUCACCCGUACAAACUGCUAUAUGCUCAAUUCUAACUAACAAAAUGACUCUUCAUUUCACUGUUAUUAGGGUUUCAAAUUCACAACAUUUUUCAAUCUCAACCAACACCAGUACCAAUGAUCCAGUCCUUGCUCAAGUUUUCAAUACCGGCAUUGAAAGUUUCACCGCUGAGAUUGAUUCAUGAGGGAAUCAACGGUCCGUAUGCAAGCCCAGUUGCUCUUCAGAUGAUUGAUUAUGCUCUGUCCUUACACAAGUCUCAGAAUUCAGAGGAAUCAUAUGGUCAAGCUAUGCUGGUUUUAGAGCAAUGCUUAUCCUCUCAGUCAAGUGAAGUUCAAGAUAUUAUCACCCAAAAUUCCAAAGGAAUGGUCCUACUCGCGAUGUCGAACUUAUUGUAUCAAAGAGAAAAUUAUGAUGAAGCUAUGGAAAAGCUGAAGAGAAUAGAGGAUUUAGCGCGUUCGUCUUUGGGAGUUAGAGUUGCCGCCAUGGAAGCUCUUGUUGGACUCAAUGUAGAGUUGGGGAAUGAUGAUGCUUCAUCAGUGCUCGCAGAUAAAUGCUUAGAACUCUUGGAAAAAGAUGAACAUGAUACUGUUGAAGGUGUUGACAUUGCUAAUGCUCGUGCAAAAGCAGUUAAAGGGCUAGUUGAACUUGUUCGUGGAAACCUUGAAUCAGCUGAGUCAAUAUACCAAGAAUUCCAGGGAAGUGAAAGUUGUGUUGCACCUGCUGCUUUAUCAUAUGGAGAAUUCUUGCAUGCCACACGGAACUUUUCACUGGCCAAGGACUUUUAUCAAAAAGUUAUCAAUGAGUUAGCUGAAAAGAAAGAGUUCACUGAUAUGCAUACCUUAGCAGCUUGUAAUAUGGCUGCAGAAGAAGUUCGGCUAGCUGCCAUCUGUGCCUUGGGGCAGCUUGAGACGCAUACAGGGAAAUUUAGUAAUGCCGAGGAAACAUUGACAAAGGCACUUAAUAUAGCAGAGCAGCUUUUCGGUUCUCGGCAUCCAAAAGUUGGUAUAGUUUUGACCUGUCUGGCUCUCAUGUUUCGACAUAAAGCUGUACAAGAGCAUUCAAGCUCUCUGUUAAUACAAGAGGGACUUUAUCGGAGAGCAAUAGAUUUGUUGAAAGCUCCACCACUGGACUCUGAAGUCAAUGUAAUGAUGGGAAGUCCAUGGAGAGAUGUUAUUGCCCUUGCAAGAGGUGGGUAUGCUGAAGCACUUUGUGUUCAACAGAGCAGGAAGAGCGAAGGAGAAAAGAUGAAAAGGUGGGCAGACGUGGCAUGGAGGAACAGCCACUAUUCAUUGGCCGAUGCGCUGAAACUAUCAGAAUCCUCCAACAAGUUGCCAGUUAUAGAUGCUCGAAUUGGUAGAGCCAUGUAGUUUCUCUGUCUAAGGGGCGACAGCAGUUACAGCAUCGAUAUACAAUACCUUGAGAGGAUGUGAUGGAAUAUGCUGAACGCGAUUCCUUUUUGAAGGUGGCAAAGACGAUCAGUUGUGGAUUUGACGUACGGAACAAGUUUAUGCGAGAGGUUGCACCAGAGGCCUAAAAGCAUACAGCCAUGGUAUUUAAUGCUUGAUAUGGUCUGUUUUACCUUCUGUAAGUUAAGUGCAAACUCCAGAGUUUUGUAAUAUAUACACCCGGUUGUUGCAGAAUCUCUUACACUCACAAAUAACUUACAUUGGCUGCAAGAUUGUAGAUUUUGCAAUAAAAAUGUUUUCUUGCA